AUGGGUGCGAUGUCAAAACUUCGGAAACCCCCAUUUUACCAGAAGACGUUCAAGAAAGAGGUCAACAAGUACUACGGUCUGACGGAGAAGCAUCGUGGUGCCACAUUCUCGGGUUUUAACCUGCCAGCCUCAGUGAGGGCAGCUCAUCUGGUGCCAAAGAUCCCCAGCCCAGAAGAGGUGUCUCAUAUUUUCGGAGUGGAAGACGGUGUGUUGUCUGAUCCCCGCAAUGACAAUGAGUCUCGGAAUGUCCCGGCCGGUAUGAUUCUUAGGGCAGAUAUUCGGGAGAUCAUUCGUGCCAAAGAUCACACAGUGGGUACUUCCAACACCCGCAAUGCAUUGAUCGAAUGUAUCAAACGGCUCGAAAGGUUGUGA